ACAAACAGAAGCCUAGCAUCUCUUAAUUUAAAGUCAAGAGGGCUCCUCAGAUAUAAAAACUAUAACGUCACAAACUUCCUUCAAUUCAUCUGCUCCACUCUCUCAACUAUUCUUUCCUAUAAAUUUUUGUUCUUGCUUGCUAGUAAUUCCAUUACCUUAUUCGGCUGCUUCUUCUUCCUUUUGUGACGGCCAAGUUUAGUUCUUCUUGGUUUAAUGCAAGGCUUAAGUUAGUUGUCUGUAAGAGUGCUGUAAUGGAGAAUGGUCAGGAGAAGGCUUGGUUUGAUGACUCCGAAGAUGAACUUGUGAGAGAGCUUCUUGAUGAUGAGACUCCGUUCUUUGUCCUACCUCAAGAGACUGUUCAACCCGAAUCAAAAACUUCAGAAGAAGAAGCUACUAAACGACUCCUCUCCACCCUCUAUUCAGGGCCAAGGAUUGAAGAUAUCGAGAAUGCUUUAUCAGUGCCAACCUGGAAGGAUCAAUCCCAAGCACAAGAGCAAACCAGACUCAAUUCAAUCCUGGAUAGAGGUUUGAGUAAGAUAGAGAAUAAGUAUACCCUGAAGAUAAAAUGCUGUGGCAAUGGCAUGGCAGAUGAUGGAUAUAAAUGGAGGAAAUAUGGGCAAAAAUCGAUCAAAAACAGCCCAAAUCCAAGGAGCUAUUACAAGUGCACGAACCCAAGAUGCAGCGCAAAGAAGCAAGUGGAGAGGUCGAGAGAUGACCCAGACACACUCAUCAUCACCUACGAAGGGCUUCACCUACACUUUCCCUACCCAUAUUUCUCACUCGACCCGCCUCUCCAAGAUGAUUCACUAACCAAGAAGCCCAAGAAGGCCAUUUCAGAAGCUGAAUCGCAGGCUUUUGGAGCUUCACAAACGACGGAGACGCAAGCAGCAAAUAUCAACUGUGAGCCAUUGCCAAGCUCGUUCGAGGGCUGCGCUCAAGGAAUAGCUUUGGAAGGAUUUAGCCAACAAGGGUUGCUUGAAGAUGUGGUACCGUGGAUGAUAAGGAAUCCAUCACGCAACAAUAUCUCCUCCAACUCUUCUUCUUGCUCGUCUUCCCACUCACGUUCUCCUCCUGCUUCACCUUCUUCUGUGUCUUGGACUCCUAAUUAUAAAACCUUUUUUGAUAUAGGCAUAAACUCUAGCAUUAGGUGAAUGUCCUUAGUGGGUUGAAAACCCAAUUAAACUAUAUAUAGUAGUCCCCAUCAAUGUUAAUUAUAUUCUGCUCUUGUAAUAUCAAAUUAACUAUUUUAGAA